AUGGCGGGCACAAGGUUUGCAUAUGUACGCAAUUUCGAGCUCCCUGAUCCACUGUUACCUGAUACCUAUCUGGUCUGUCGUCUCGAUGGACACUCUUUCCACCGGUUCUCGGAUGAGCAUGGCUUCGCCAAGCCCAAUGACGAGCGCGCGCUCCAACUCAUGGAUCACGCCGCGAAGAGCGCAAUGAUCAAGUUCAAAGACAUCAUGCUCGCAUUCGGCGAAUCCGACGAAUUCAGCUUUCUCUUCCGAAAGUCGACGAAUCUUUAUAACCGACGACAAUCGAAGAUACUCACCACGUUGACGUCUUACUUCACUUCAUGCUAUGUGCUCUACUGGUCGCUGUAUUUCCCAGACACGCCGCUACGAUAUCCACCGCCAUUCGAUGGACGUAUUGUGGUGUAUCCGACUGAGUGUGCUAUUCGUGACUACUUUUCAUGGCGACAAGCUGACACCCACAUAAACAAUCUAUACAAUACCACCUUUUGGGCUCUCAUACAGAAAGGAGGUCAGACUACUACGGAGGCUCAUGCCACACUUAGAUGCUCUUUUCCCGAGAGGUUCAAGAAAGGUAGCGUUAUAGUUCGAGACAUUGUGCGUCCCAUUGGAAUUCAUGACGAGCAAAACAGAGCGGAAAGUACUGAACUGCGGAACUUUGAGGAUGUAUUUCCCUAUUCUACUUAUUUGCGGAGACCCUGGAGCGCGUUAUCGGAGAUGUGGAAGGGUAGCAUUUGUGCAUCAAGGCUCCUCCAAAGAUAA